GAAAAUAGUUUGCUGACAGCACGGAAUCAUGGACAAAGUAUUUGCAAAAAAUGGAACAGAGACCCCGGAGCCUGUAAAAGCGGAAGUAUCAGGCACAGUUCCUGAAUGGUUACAGGGAACCCUUGUGCGCAAUGGACCUGGGAUGUUCUCUGUUGGGGAUACUGCAUACAAACACUGGUUUGAUGGCAUGGCUCUCCUCCAUAGCUUCACCUUUAAAGAUGGUGAUGUCUACUACCGGAGUAAAUUUCUCAAGAGUGAUACUUUCAAAAAGAACACAGGUGCCAACAGGAUUGUGGUGUCUGAAUUUGGGACUAUGGCCUAUCCUGAUCCCUGCAAAAGCAUAUUUUCAAAGGCUUUCUCCUACUUCAGCAAUGCCAUCCCUGAUUUCACGGACAACAACCUUGUGAAUAUUAUACGAUAUGGUGAGGACUACUAUGCUGCAUCUGAAGUGAACUACAUCAACCAGGUCGACCCACACACUCUGGAGACAGUUGGGAGAGUAAAUUACAGGAACCAUAUUGCAGUAAACUUGGCUACUGCACACCCUCACUAUGAUGAAGAAGGAAACACCUACAACAUGGGCACAGCAAUUAUGGGUUUUGGCCGACCCAAGUACAUGAUAUUCAAAGUUCCAGCCAACGCAUCAGAUAAAGACAAGAAACAGCCAACCUUGAGUAAAGUGGAGCAGGUGUGCUCUAUCCCCUUCAGAUCAGCCCUCUACCCGAGUUACUUCCACAGCUUUGGCAUGACUGAGAACUACAUUGUCUUCGUGGAGCAAGCCUUUAAGCUUGACAUCCUCAGGCUUGCAACGGCCUACUUCAGAGGGGUUAAUUGGGGAGCCUGCCUCACAUAUGACAAAGAUGAUGUUACAAUAUUUCAUCUGAUCGACCGGCACACUGGGAAAGCCAUUUCCAGAAAGUUCUAUGGAGAUCCCUUUGUGGUGUUCCACCACAUAAAUUCUUACGAGGAAAACGGCCAUGUUGUGUUUGAUCUGAUUGCAUACAAAGACAGCAACCUGUACGAAAUGUUCUACAUUGAAAACCUGAAACAGGACACAGACAAGUUCAUUGAAAACAACAAGAUCUUCUCACCACCAGUCUGUCAGAGAUUCGUUUUGCCCAUCACUGUUGACAAGAACACUCCAGUGGGCACAAACCUUGUAACACUAGAGGACACAUCAGCCAAAGCAGUGACCCAAAAUGAUGGCUCAGUCUUCUGUUCACCUGAUACACUCUUUGUGGGUUUAGAAUUGCCACAGAUUAAUUACAAAUUCAAUACCAAAAAGUACAGAUAUUUCUACGGCUCAAGAGUGGAGUGGUCUCCACAUCCAAAUAAGAUUGCCAAAGUGGACAUUGUCACCAGAACUCAUAAAAUCUGGACUAAUGACGAGUGCUACAUCUCUGAGCCGAUUUUUGUGGCCUCACCUGAUGCUGUUGAGGAGGAUGAUGGAGUCCUUCUGUCCUCGAUCGUGUCUCUUAAUCCUGCAAAACCCAACUUCAUGCUCAUCUUGAAUGCCAAGACAUUGGAGGAGAUUGCCCGUGCAGAGGUGGAUGUGUCUGUUCACAUGGAUCUGCACGGCUAUUUUAUUCCUCAGAAGGACAGCAACUGAGCAGGUUUUGGUCUUUGGGUUUAACCGUUUCUUUCAGCCCUUAAAAUAGUUAUUGAAAACCCUAUGUGCUCUGUGAUUAUUAUUAACAUUAUCGAUCAAAUCUCAAUGAGACAAAUUGUAACACAUUAUCUGUCAAAUGUAUUAUUUACAUAUGAUGCUGCCUAUUUAUUAACAUAUAACAAGCCCAUAAUAUAAUUUAGUAUUUCAUUUGUUUUUUAACUUCACUGUCUUCACUAGCUGGGUUUCUAUCCAACUUUUUGAUGCAAAUUUUCAUCAUUUGAAUAGGGACUCCUAUAGGGAAUAAUCUGGAGUAAAACCACCAAGGGUCUAUUUAUGGAUGGAGUUCAAAUUUAAAUACAUUAAUCAGAGGAGUUUUGAGAUUUUUGCAUUAACAAUGAAAUGGUUCAGUAGUGGUGUGGAGAGGGUCCCUACAGACAAUCAAAGUAUUGUAAACGUUGUGUACAGAGAGGUUAUAAUGAGGACUGUUAAGGAAAUCAGUGCAUUACCUUAAACUUGUCUUUCAAUCGCCGGCAUCUUGAGAAUUCCUAAGUUAUUUUCACUCCGGAGUAUUGCUUUAAAGCAACACAAUGUAGUUUUUUGCCUCAAAGGAAGGCAUUUUGAUGCUACACUGACUUACAAUAUGUGAAGUCACAUUUCCAAUGUGUGCCAGGAAUGCCUGGUAUUCACCCCUAUUUGGAAUUACACAGAUGUCACAGUUGCAAACGGAAGUUCAUGAACGUGAGGAAACCUUGCCAUGGAACGUGAGGAAACCUUGCCAUGGAACGUGAGGAAACCUUGCCACGCCUCCACUUCCCAUUAACCAGAUAACUUAGUCAAGGCUCACCUGCUCGCACCGCUUCAGCAUUCGCUCGCGCUCGCAGUAGCCACCGGUUUGCUCCCUCGUUUCAUGCAGAACUUGCUGCCCAUUAAAUCCGUCUGUUUACACACUUUCAUUUGCGUCUGCACGGGGACUCUUGGAGUGAGGCAGUUGUUGCAUUCGUAUUAGAGCUGUUAUGUAAAGCCCACUCGUUCGUUGAGAGACAUGUCGCAAACAUGUAUGCCAGUUGAAGCCACUUGUUUUGCUGAUUGCCUGUUUCUACCUAACAGCUAGUGUUCGGUCGCGUCGGGCUUGUUCAUAGAUACUUCAGCUCACAGAGUUGCCUCUACCUUUUGGCUUGUGUAACGGAUGCCAGCUAGCUUAGCUGUGCUCGUGGAACGUUGGUAAACCUAACUCCCCGGCGCCUCAAGAGUGCUGCUGGCAUACGAGCCAGGUUCAACACAAUGCAGGUUACACUUGCUUGGAGGCAUAGGGCAGGGCUGUAGUCAAGACCACAUUUGUCGAGUCCAAGUCAAGUCCAAGACCAGGACUAGUCGAGAGUCGAGACC